AUGCCUAACAUCGGGGGGCCGGACAUGAAGGCGCAUCGUCUCCACGCGAGAAUUAUCAACUCAGUAGCGUUGUACGGUGCGCCAGUCUGGGCAGAGACCCUAGCUGCCAGCCGUCCGCUCUGCGCGAUAAAGCGCAGGGCACAAGGGACGGUGGCGGUCAGGGCCAUAAGGGCGUACCGUACGAUAUCCCAUGUGGUGGCGACGGCCCUGGCGGACAUGCCUCCUCUGGAGCUCCUCGCACUGAUGUACAGGCAUAUGUACGAUAAGAAAAAGCAGCUCCAGAGGAAUCUCAGGGAUGAUGAAUCGCACGCUGGGGCGCUGAAGCGCUCUAGGCACCAAAGCCGACUGCUUCUUCUCCAGCGAUGGGACAGACGCUUGGCUACCGCCAAGUAUGGGAGAAGGAGCGUAAAGGCCGUCCAGCCCUGCCUAGCCGAGUGGAUAGGCAGGGAGUCAGGAACCCUGACAUUCAGAGUGACACAGUUGCUCACCGGGCAUGGCUGCUUUGGUGAGUACCUGUGUCGCAUCGGAAAGGAACGCACGACGCAGUGUCAUCAUUGCGGAGCUGACCACGACUCCGCGCAGCAUACCCUUCAGGACUGUCCCGCAUGGGCAGCCGAGCGUGGGGUCGUGAUCAGAGAGGUGGGCCCCGAACUCUCGCUCCCCAAUAUCGUUAGCAAAAUGCUGCAGAGCGAGAGAAAAUUGGACACAUUCACAGAAUUUUGCGAGACGGUGAUGAAGGAGAAAGAGGAAGCCGAGGAAAUACGGCAACAAGCGGAAGGAAGGGAGAGGACACAAAGAAGGUGA